CCUCGCCUCUCCUCCUCUGCCUCAAAUCUCAUCACUCCUUACCUCACUCCCCUCUUUUCCACUAUGAACACAACACUUGACGACCUUCUCUUCGACGAAGAGGAAUACGCCACCGUGUCUUCCGCCCCUCCCAAGCGCCGCGCCGGCCGAACCAAGUUCCGUGAGACACGCCAUCCUGUCUACAAAGGCGUCCGUCUCCGUGGCUCUGAUAGAUGGGUUUGCGAAGUCCGUGAGCCCAACAAGAAAUCCCGUAUCUGGCUCGGCACCUUUCCCACCGCCGUCAUGGCCGCACGCGCCCACGAUGUCGCCGCACUCGCCCUCCGCGGCCGACAAGCCUGUCUCAAUUUCGCCGACUCCGCUCGCCUCCAUAUUCCCCCCGCCCCCGCCAGCCCCCGUUCCAUACAACGCGCAGCAGCUAUAGCAGCAGAGGCCUUCCGCCCCGCGCCGGGUCAAGAGCAGCAGGAGGAAGCGCCUCCUUCGGGCCAGCCCUGCAUGGAGGUCGAGAGUGUCGCGGCACAUGACGGGUUUAUUGAUUUGAUGGAUUUCGACGAGUAUUGCUACGCAGAUGAGUUGUGUAUGGACUCGACCAUGUACUUUCAGACGGGGUUCGGUUGGGACGACGGUGAGUGGCGCGGCGACGUGCCGCUAUGGAGUCACUCAAUUUGAUGCGGUGUUAUUAGUCUCCGCUAGUAAAUUAUGUGAUGAUGUUUCUAAUUGAAAGAAGCUCUUGUACCGCUUUAUUAUCCCAGGUACAGAUGAUGCUUCCGCGUUUGGGAAAUAAGUUAUGAAUCAGAAUGGAUAUUUUUAUGUCAUUCAAACGCUAGUCUCCGCCUCCAACCGCCUCCAUUUUUUGUGGAAAUUAACGGCCGUAAAAUUGAAAUUAGAUAACAAAUGAUAGAUGUAGAUGAGUGUGCACAUAUACAAAACUCUAAAGUAAAUGUCCUGGCUAAUAUUUAGAUGACAGUGACACCAUUAGAGCUUGAUGGAAAUAGAAGAUAUAAAG